AUGACAAACUCAAAACAAGUCCAAACAUUCGCGAAACUCCCUCGUGCAAACACAGGACCAGUCGAAUGUCCGCACACAGGCGCAGUCCUCCUCCAAUCAUCCCAAUUCAACAAAGGCUCUGCCUUCCCAAGUAAUGAACGAACAGAAUUCAAACUCCACAGCCUCCUCCCUCCUAAUAUUCAAACCCUGGAUGAACAAGUUGAACGCGCAUAUCAACAAUAUCAAAGCCAUGAAGAUGACCUAUCGAAGAAUGUCUUUCUUGCUAGUAAGAAGGCGCAGAAUGAGGUUCUUUACUAUAAGCUCUUGCAAGAUCACCUUAAAGAAAUGUUCGGCGUGAUUUAUACACCAACAGAAGGAGACGCUAUCCAGAAUUACUCUCGUUUAUUUAGGAGGCCUGAAGGGUGUUUUCUGAACAUCCAUGACCAGGAUCGGAUAGAGGAGGAUCUUUCUGCUUUUGGCACGGCGGAUGAUAUUGAUUAUAUUGUUGUUAGUGACGGUGAAGAGAUCUUAGGCGAUGGAGACCAAGGCGUUGGAGCUAUCUUGAUCUCAGUUGCGAAACUUGUUCUCACUACACUUUGUGCUGGAAUUCACCCUUCGCGACAGCUUCCUAUUGUUCUUGAUUGUGGAACGGAUAACCAAAGUCUACUUGACGACCAGCUCUACUUAGGUCUACGACAAUAUCGAGUUAGAGGUGAAGCGUAUGAUGCGUUCGUGGAGAAGUUCGUCCAAGCCACUCGGAAACGCUUCCCAAAGGCAUUUAUUCAUUUCGAGGACUUUGGGCCUAGGAAUGCACAAAGGAUCCUUGAUAAAUAUCAAUUCCAGAUUCCGUGCUUCAAUGACGAUAUUCAAGGAACUGGUUGUGUCACUCUCGCUGCCAUGUUGGCUGCGUUGCAAAUAAGCCAUGUUGCACUAAAGAAUGUGCACAUUAUAAUUUUUGGCUCUGGAACUGCUGGCAUCGGCAUUGCGGAUCAAAUUGUUGAGGCUAUAUCCAAUGAAACCAGGAUACCCGUCAAAGAAGCAUCUAAGCAGAUAUGGUGUCUCGAUACAGCGGGCCUUCUCAUAGACUCACUUGGGGAUGGACUGACAGACGGACAACGGCGAUAUACCCGAGCCGAUGACGAGUGGCCCGACCACGACCGUGACUUACUUACCGUCAUCAAAAGGGUCAAGCCCCAUGUACUUAUUGGAACAUCUACAAAAGGCGGAGCCUUCACAGAGGAGAUAAUUCGCGAAAUGGCUCAGCAUGUUAAACGACCUAUCAUAUUCCCACUGAGCAACCCCACAAGACGCCACGAAGCGAUUCCAAAGGAUCUAUAUGAAUGGACAGAUGGCAGAGCCCUCAUAGCAACAGGCAGUCCAUUCUCGGCAGUAGAAUACUCGGGCAGGGAAUACGACAUCGCCCAAUGUAACAAUUCGGUCUGUUUUCCAGGUAUUGGCCUAGGAGCAGUCCUCUCACAAAGCCGCCUGGUAACGAAGAAAAUGAUCGCCGCAGCAGUUGAAGCUCUCAAGGACAGAUCACCAGUUUUACGGGAUGCGAGCCUACCCUUGCUUCCCGGCGUGGAGGAAGUGCGAGACAUUAGUAUUGAUAUUGCUGCGGCUGUUAUCAAGACUUCUGUUCAAGAGGGACUUGCGCGGGCGGAUUGGAUUCCUCAUGAUGACUCUGAUCUGCGGUUUUGGAUUCAGAGUCAGAUGUGGGAGGCUUUCUAUCGGCCUUUGGUUAGGGUUGAUUAA